ACCUCUGAGUGCAGCCCCAUUUAAUCCUGAAAAUCCUGUUAUCAACUUCUAUAAACAAUCUGCAAAUUUUGACAGUUCCAAUUUUUGCUGUCGACGAAAAUUUAAUUAUUCUGUUUAAUUGUUCAGUCUGAGAGCUAUUAAAAAUUGAGGGCCAGGAUUUUUUUGAUAAUGCACUCGUUCUGAGUAAAAUAAUGCUGGAAACACGAUCUGCUGUUUAUAAAAUGCUGAGACCAGUGGCUAACGAGGAGAGAAGGAUUACUAAUUGGCCUCCUCCAUUUUCGGGGUCGAUGACCCCCUACAAGGAACGGGAAUUUAAUAAUUUAGUGCGUCAGGCAUGUGCAUCAGCAUCGACAGCUCCUAGAAUCGCAAAAGUCAUCGUCUUGGGUGACGUUGCUGUGGGAAAAACAUCCCUGGUAAAUCGUUUCUGCCACAAGAAAUUCGAUAACAAUUACAAGGCAACGAUAGGAGUUGACUUCGAAGUCGAGCGCUUCGACGUCCUGGGGGUGCCCUUCAAUCUCCAAAUAUGGGAUACAGCGGGUCAAGAGCGAUUUAAGUGUAUCGCAGCUUCUUAUUACAGAGGAGCAAAUGUGAUAAUGAUUGUCUUCGAUCUGGGGAGUUUGUUCACUCUCUCCCACUCCAAGCAGUGGCUGGAGGAGGCCAUGAAGAGCAAUAAUGGACCCUGUCACGUCUUCCUGGUGGGAACCAAGAAGGAUUUACUGUCCAAUCAGUUGUACGAGAUAAUCGAGAGACGAGCAAUGGCUGUGGCUGAGGGAAUAAAGGCAGAGUACUGGGCUGUUUCUGCCAAGACUGGAGACGGAAUUGAUCAACUUUUUUCUAGGAUUUCUGCACUUUCCUUCGAAGCUACUGUCCUCAGGGAAAUUAGGUCCUCGAGGACGGAACCUCUUCCUCUCGGUUCAGAUCUCAUAAAUCUCAAGAGGCAGCCAGAAGUGGAGAAGACUCAAAAAAGACUUUUUAAGUUCCUGAAGUGCAGCCCAUGAUUUCCUCACGGACCCAAGAGUAUUUUCCUCAUUUGUAUUUUCCUCUAGUCCAACAAAAAAAAAACGUACAAUUUGAAUAAAAAAAUAUUGGGAGAUUUA